CUUCCGGUUCACUUGACGCAACAUCUGUUUAUCCAUCCGGGACUUGCAGUUCUUUCCCAUUCUCUACUCAACAAAUAAGCUCCUUCAAAGAAUUUUCAUCUUAUGACGUCACUGAUGAAGAUCCUCACCCUGAGAAGCACGAUUCCCCCAGCGUUAUACAGGAGGAGGAGUAAGAGAUGUCGGGCAUCAAACAGGAAGCGGAGCUAGAGACCCCCAGCAUUAAAGAAGAAGAACAGGAAGAUGAAAUCACUUUUCCAUUGACUGUCAUUGUGAAGAGCGAAGAAGAUGAACUUUCAAGCGCAGAGAGCGAAGCCGCGAAACCUUCGAGCGGCAGCUCAUUUCAACACCUGACAACAAAUGAAGAGAGAAAAUCGCAACUGGACGGCCUUUUGGCGCCGCUCUCAGACAGUGAAGACGUAACAACCCACUCUUCGGACUUUACCACUGAUGAAGAGGAUGUGGACUUUGACCCAAAGUCUAGGAAAUCCUUAAACAAGUCAUCAUUGACAAGAGAUUCAAAAAACUACGCGGGUGGGAAACGAUUUGCCUGCACACGUUGCGAUAAAAGAUUUUCUUGGAAGCAUCACUUACAAAGACACAUGCAUACACACACUGGGGACAGACCAUUUGCCUGCUCAGUUUGUGGUAAAAGAUUCAACGAUAAGGGAAAUUUAAACAAACACGCAAACAUACAUACUGGAGAAAAGCCAUUUUCCUGCUCAUUUUGUGAUAAAAGAUACUUCACAAAGACAAAUUUAAACAUUCACACGAGAAGACACACUGGAGAGAAGCCUUUUUCCUGCUCACUUUGUACGAAAAGAUUCACCUCGAAGGCAGAAUUAAGCAGUCACGCUAAAACACACACUGGAGAGAAGUCUUUUGCCUGCUCACUUUGCGAUAAAACUUUUUCUUGGAAGCAUCAGUUAACAAGACACACGCGUACCCACACUGGAGAAAAGCCUUUUCUCUGCACAGUUUGUGAUAAGAGAUUCACCACGAAGGUAGAAUUAAACAAUCAUAGAAGAACACACACUGGCGAAAAGCCUUUUGUCUGCACAUGUUGCGGUAAAAAAUACACCCGGAAGGUACAAUUAAACAACCACAAAAGAGCACACACUGGAGAGAAGCCUUUUCCCUGCUUACUUUGCGAUAAAAGAUUUUCUCAGAAGCAACAGUUAACAAGACAUACGCAUAGGCACACUGGAGAGAAGCCUUUUCCCUGCUCACUUUGCGAUAAAAGAUUCUCAGAGAAUGGAGAGUUACUCAGACAUGCAAGAAAACGCCAUGGAGUUUCUGGGAAAACACUCACACAGGAGGGACAUUUCGAAUCGCACACAAGAACCCACCCUGGGGAAUAACCUUUCAAUUGCCGUGUGUGACAUAAGAAAUGAUUGUGCAGAUCCUGUUCAUUUUCAGAACUAUUCACUAUUCAUGAUUUCAUACCUUUUAUUUGAUUGAAUUGGGCUACUUCUCUUUCCAUCACAUGAUACUUUUGCGAGUCUACUGCUUUUCGCCAUUUUUAUUUUGAAUGUUGGCAUUUGAAAUACUUGCUGCCCUUCUUUUUGUUGUUUGUUCAAUUGAGUGUUGUUUUUGGCAGCCCUAUUAAUUCUCGUCUUAGUCUUUUGGAUGAAAAUACUUAUUAGUCGUAGUCAUGAUUUAGUUAUUUCAAAAUGUGUUACUCUUCGUCUAGUUUUAGUCGACAACUUGUCAAAAUAUUUUCGUCUAUAUGUAACGGGUAUCUCAGAUUUGCAAAUAUUGUAUGUUUUAUAAUUACACAAAACUUGGUUGUUUUCUUAUUUUCUUUUUUAUUUUCUUCUAUCCUCCUUCAAAGUUGGAACUUUUUUCUUUUUUUACGACCCUGUUGGUCGUAUGUUGUUUGUUUCCCCUAUGUGAGUUAUUAACGCGACACCUUGGGUGCACUUUAUUCUGCCUUUUUCUGCGUGGAUGUCAAUGGGGAGGUAUGGGGAUAUAUAAAAAUCGCGUUGCAUCUCUUUUUGUAUUCAUUUUGAACAGGGGCAUGUUGUUAAUGACAAGUUAAA